AUGAAAAGGAAGAAAUUUCAUAUUGCAUCCAGAUGGCCCUUAUGUAAACAAUCAGAGGAAACACUAGAACAUAUUUUGUGGUACUAUGAUUAUAUUGAAAUAAUAUGGAAAUGGCUUGGGGGUGUUUUUCAAUUUAUAAAUCCAACUGCCUUUGAAGAUAUCUUAUCAGCAGCAAAAUCAAAAAGUCCCGCAGUAAAGGAGAUUUGGAGAAAUAUUGCUUUCAUUACUUUGAAAGAAAUUUGGUUCUCCAGAAAUAGAGCAGUUUAUGAAGAUGAAGAAUAUAAUUUAGAGAUGAUCAAGAAAAGAAUUCUAAAGUUCACAGCUGACAGUGAUAUUAGAAUGUUUGCAUACAUGUGGAACUCUUCCUAUGAUCUCCAGAUUAUAAAUUUUUUUAAUCUAAGAUGUAGGAAAGUCAGAUAUCUUCAGGUCCAAGAAUGUUUUUUUCAUCUUCCUAUGAGGAAUCAAUUGCUAAUGUGCUAUGGUGGUGCUGCAAGAGGGAACCCUGUAGAUUCUGGAUUUGGUUUCAUAGGAAGAGAUUGGACUAGUGAUGUUAAAGUUGCUGCCACUGGUGGUUUGGGGAUUGCAACAAAUUUCUUAGCUGAAAUAAUGGCAGUACUAUUUGCAGGUGAAUGGGCAGUGGCUAAUAACUUUCUAGAUCUUUGUUUUAGAACUGAUUCAAGUGCAGCCAUAUCAGCUUUUAGAAAUGGGAAGCUUCCUUGGAUUGCUAUCACAAGAUGGAAGAAAAUUUAUAGUAGAAUAAAUUGGGAGUUUAUACAUAACUUUAGAGAAGUAAACUUCUCAGCUGAUUCUUUGGCCAAAAAAAGAGCUGGAAUGAAUAAAGGGGAGUGUGUUGUGUUUACAAGAAUACCACCUUUCCUCAAGAAAAUUGAAAUUCCUUUCUUAAGAUAUUAUAGGUUCUGCUAA